CGUCGCCGCCACCAUCGGGGCCACCGCCCCGGGCACCCACAGAGGUCAAGGCAGCGCUUGCCCGUGGCCCCGAGGCCCCAGGGACCGACGAGGGCACUGGGUCUCUCAAGGAGACGCCGUCCUCGGCUCACCAUCGCUACCUCAGGCGGGGUCCGCGCGUUCCCUCCGGGAGGCCCGCUUCCGGUCCUGCGGGCGGAAGCGUCGCCGCGUCCAAUCCGGGUCCUGGCCCGGGCUCGCACCGGGGGCGCCGGGCGGCUCGCAGCCGCCUGUCAGCGCCGAGGGGCGGCGCGUGCGUGCUGCGGGGCGCACUCUGACCCGGAGACGACCUGUCUCCCCUCUCCCUCCCCGCCUGUGAAGAUGGCGCUGUCCAGGGUGUGCUGGUCUCGGGCUGCUCUGUGGGGUUCGGCCGUCGCCUCUGGACCCUUUGUCACCCGGAGGCUGCAGUUGGGCCGCUCUGGCCCUGCGUGGCGAGCCCCUCGGUCUUCAAAGCUUCACCUUUCUCCAAAGGCGGACGUGAAGAACUUGAUUUCUUACGUGGUGACCAAGACGAGGGCGAUUAGCGGAACGUACCACCGUUUCUUGGGGCGUCACUUCCCCCGCUUCUAUGCCUUGUACACAACCUUCAUAAAAGGAAUACAGAUGUUAUGGGCUGAUGCCAAAAAGGCUAGAAGAAUAAAGGCAGACAUGUGGAAACAAAAUCUAAAGUUUCAUCAACUCUCUUACCGGGAUAUGGAGCAUUUGAGACAGUUCCGACGAGAUAUCACCAAGUGUCUCUUCAUAGGCCUCAUCUCCAUUCCACCCUUUGCCAACUACUUGGUCUUCUUGCUAAUGUACCUGUUUCCUAGGCAACUGCUUGUCAAGCAUUUCUGGACCCCCAAACAACAAAUUGACUUCUUGGACAUUUAUCAUGGUUUCCGGAGGCGGUCCCACUUGGAAAUCAUCACGCAUCUCAGAAGGGCUAGCGCUUUGGUUUCUAAUGAGAAGCUCCGGUGGCAUCUGGAGGACCUGUGCACCAAGGUGCAGAAUGGCACCCACCCAACGGCACAGGACAUCCUGGCUCUCAGAGACUGCUUCUCUACCUAUCCCUUGGGCUUCAGCCAGCUCCAGGCUUCUCAAAUGAGAGCCUUGAGCCAGGCCAUGCUGCUCACACCUUACCUGCCCCCGCCUUUGCUGAGGUGGCGUCUGAAGAGCCACACCACUGUGAUUCACCAGCUGGACCGGGCUCUGGCAAAGCUGGGGACUGGUCACCUGACUCCGCAGGAAGUGAGAUCGGCUUGCUAUCUUCGUGGCUUGAACUCUACCCACACCUCUGACGACAGGUGUCGAACUUGGCUGGGAGAAUGGCUGCACAUCUCCUGCAGCUUAAAAGAAGCUGAGCUGUCUCUCUUGCUGCACAACGUGGUCCUGCUCUCCACCAACUACCUUGAGACAAGGCGCUGAGUGAACCGUGGGAAGGAUGGCAUUGUCCUGCAGUCGCAUAGUGUAGCGGUGUGGGACCAGGGAGCACGUGCCAGCUGACUGUGCACCACUAGCAUGGGAGGCUGGCAGAGGAGCACGCUACCCAUCCGGGAGCUAUAGACAUUCCCUCACUGCUUGAGCCUAACCAACCCGUGUGUGCUGCUGUCCCCUAUUAACCUGGAGCUGGCAAGCACCUCUGGUCACGUAGUACCCAGGUCCUAUACAGUCGGCAUUUGCCCAGGUGGGAAUCAUGUGGCCUCAAAUUCACAACUGCCAUGGGCUUUUUUGUUUUUUUGAGGUGAGUCUGUUGCCCCGGCUGGCCUCAAAUUCCUGAGCUCAAGGGAUCCUCCCACCCCAGGCUUCGGGAUGCUGGGGCUACAGGUCCAUACUGCACUAGCCUCACUGCCAUGUCCUUUACAGCAGGGCAGUUUUCCUGAGACCCUGUGUCUCAUGAAGCUGAGGAUGACCUUGAAGUCUGGUUUUUCCUUCUUCCACCUUGAAGGGGUUGGAACACAGGUGUGGCGCCCCGCAAAGCUCUGGGGUGUGGCCUUGGAGAACUGGGAGAGUGCUCCUGACUCCAUGAGUGCUCCUCACCACAUCUUUUUUGCUAGAGAUCUCUGGUGCCAAGAACAAUGCCGCUUACCCUGGAGUGAGGACACCUGUGCCUGGCCCUGCACCAACGCCCUGGCAGUGUUUUUUUCUUACACCCCCUCCCUUUUCCUUUCUUGGCCCUUUGGAGACAGUCUUACUAUGUAACCCAGGCUGGCCUUCGAUUCCUGGCAAUGCUGACAGACACUUCUGCCUCAGCCUCCUGGGGACUGAGAAUAUAAGCCACACCCACCCUUUCUGGUGAGACCAAAAUUAGGGAUGCUUUUCCUGUCACUAGCACGGACUAACUUCCACCGCCCCUUUGGUAUUCUCUGGACACUUGUUUUUUAUUAACUUAUGGGAACAUUCUCAAGGAGAAGGUGAGAAAGAAUGGCUGCUUGGUCCCUCCCUGCAUUCAUCCCCAGUGUCUUAAUUUCCAGGCUGUCACCACCCUAAGGACCUUACAUGUUUGCUACCUCCACUGUGUUGCAGUGAGCCACCUGUAACCAGCAGUGGCCGCCUUUAUUUAGGCUGUGGGUCAGAACGCACAGGUACUAAUUACUGCCCAGCCCAGGAGACCAGAUUGCAUUGAGAUAGUGAGUUGGGCUGAACUGUUGUGUGUACAUCUAUGUCCUGUAGUUCUGUAAUAACUUGCUGUAAAUGCAUGAAGCACGGUCUUUAAACCCAAGUAAAGACUGCCUGAAACCAG